CUCGAAAGGUUGCUGCCGCGCGGAAUAAAGCCCAAAGUCUAGUGGAUUUGUACACCUCCAGAGAAGAAUCGACAAACUUCAACCGAGAGCUUUUCGCCAUGGAUUUGUGUUUAGCACUUGCGCCAAAUUAAGCAUUAUACACUUCUUUCUUCUCUUUAACGAUGGGUUUCUCGAAUGCAAGCUCGAAAUACGCGGAUCUAAAUAGCUCGCCACACUAGGCGACACAGGAAUUACUAUUUUGUGACUUUUAAAAAAGUGCUUUGUGCUCGGUUAACUGCAGACGGGAUAUUCACAAGUUCGACCCUACUGUGGAUCAUCUUCAAGAAGAGUUUCUCCCCCUAGUCCUUAGUGUCCUUGGCUCUUUGUCAGUGCCAAGUUGGCGAUAAGUACCACCACGCCGGGGAAAGGCUGCUGCUCUCCGGCUAGCCGAGAAGCGGCUUCUACUUGGAUCGGGGCCUCGUCGGCUAGGCGACAAUGCUCGAGAUAAUGUCCGACCACCAAGAUUCGCUUUUGUCGUGUAAGACGGAAACCUUGCCCCCAGAAAGGAAAAAGAGGACUGUUGAGGACUUCAACAAGUUCUGCAGCUUUGUCCUGGCUUACGCUGGUUACAUCCCCAGUCCGAAAGAGGAAAGUUCCUGGUCUCCGACUUCAUCCAGCUCUGCGCAUAGUUCAGGACUGUCAGCAGAUGGAGGCGGCGGGGGCAGCAGCUCCAUCAGCAACACAUGGGCAGACGGGAGCUCCGACAUUCACACCAUCCAUACGUUUGUGCGUAAAGCCCGGGCCAAUAAGGGCAAAAGCAUUCGGCGCAUGCACUCUGACAGCACCCUGCUGGACAAAAUGCGCCUUAAAGAUUCUCUGUACGAAAGCCAGAGUAGCGCGAAAGCUGAACGCAAGAAGGACAAAAAACUGAAAAAGCUUUCUCUGGGCUCGGCCACGACGGCGCCGGAUAGCGGCAGCAGCGAGGGCGAGAAAAGGGCUCGCAUCAAGCGCAGCAAGAACUCCUCCAAACAGCCGAAAGCGAAGAAGCUGAAGAGCUCCGCUGCUCAGAGCGAGACGGACUCCGAGACGCGGAAUUCUCACGCCGACGUACGGGUCGCGAGGGAGGAGCUGACGUCGCACGGGGGUUCCACCUCCAGCACUCAUGGCUUGGGGAAGCCAGAUGAAUCCAUCAGAGAGGCGGAGAUGAGCUCCAGCGAGGGCGAAACGUGGAUCGCAGAUGAAGAUAUCAUGGUGGAGUCAGGGGACGACUCGUGGGACCUGAUCACCUGUUACUGCGGGAAGCCGUUCGCCGGGCGCCCAAUGAUUGAGUGCAACCAGUGCGGCAUAUGGGUGCACCUGUCAUGCGCAAAGAUCAAAAAGUCCAACGUUCCCGACAUUUUUUACUGUCAGAAGUGCAGAGACUCGAGGCGGUCGGGACACAAAAAGGACAUUUAAGAUCUUACAGGACAGCUCACUUCCUCUGAUGCCUACAGCCAAAACAGCCUACAUUCUCACCUGGGAGGCAACUGGCUCUGCAGUUGCACAAAUUAUUUUGACAAUCAAAAACCAUAUAUAUUUAUCCCUCACGUGUUUCUUUUUCAUUUCUUUUCGGCUGCUGUAAAGAACUGGAGGCACAAUGGUAACAGCGGAGAAUCAUUUAUUUGUUAAUAAUUCCCACACUAAUUGGCUUUAUGCUUGUAAUUUUUGCAUAUAUUUGACCACUUUUCCAGAAGGUGCUUUUUGACUUGGCGAGUCCAAGUUGGAUGGAAAUUUAUAUCAACCUAAAUGUGUAAAUUAUUGUAAAAGGAAAUUGUCACUCCAGUUAUUUGCUUGAGUUAUGUUAAGAUGCCUGAUGGGCAGCUGUUUUUAUUUUUCAUGGCAUUCUGGAAAUUGAAAUUUGAACUAAACUGAACUAAAAAAAAAAUAUGAAAAUCUCACUCUUCUCAAGCAAGAGUUGAUUCAUUCAUUAAAAUUGGCAAACUCAUCUCAGAGAUGCUGCACAAACGUUUUUUCUUUUUCUUUUCCAGCAGUCGAGAAAAAUGUAAACCCAAAUACAUCUCCACUGCAUCCGCGAGGUGAUUGAAUGUCUUUGAUUGGCUUGUUAAGCAUUCAUCAGAAGCCGACCUGCAGAGGAACGCUGUUAAAUUUGUUUAUUUUUUUCGUGGUUUGUUCCUAUAUUAUUUUUUUUUUGUGUGUUAUGGUGUCAUCUCUAUAAGAGUUUGAGUUUAUUAUUGCUGUAAGAUGACUGGUUAUGGCUCCUUGCGUUGUCAAGUUGACCCAAGGCUCGUUUAUGAAUGGCUGUAAAAUAUGUUUUAUUUCACAUAACUGUUUAUUUCUUGGCUUUUUUUUGUUUGUCUUCCCAACAAGUGGGAGUAGAGAUGUGCCCACUUCAGGACAUUCUCGCCUCGAGAACAAAGUCGUGUACAAAAAUAUAAGUUGAGGCUGCGUAGGUUGUGGCAUAUUUUUUAUUUUAACCAUUGUAUUUUUUUGUUGUUGGUGGGAGAGUCUUAGCAAGUCUCCAGGAGUAGUUGCACUCUCUGUACAACUUCAGUUCUGUGUACAUAUCCUGUUCUCCGACAACUUGUACAUAUGUGAAAGUGAAAAGAGAGAAUACCCAAGCAAAGUCUAUAUUUUCUGCAGGCUGAUAUUGUUUUCUUUAACUGUAGCUCGAAUAAUAAUAAUUAAAAAAAAUAUUUGGGAUCAUA